GAGGGGAUCAUCAGGUGAAGCAACGCUAGCAGCAUCGUGACUGAAUUUAAACCUCCCGUUAUAUAUAGCGAGCUACCCCGCUAGGCACGCAGAGGAGCGCAUCAGCGUCACCACUCCCGGAGUAGAAUUGUCCGGGCCUGGCCGGCACAACGAACUCGAGAAAGGGAGCGGUAGCUCAGCUCUUGCCUGCGCCGUGACCUCCUGCCGGCGUAUCGGAAGCUGUUGAUGCGAGUGAGGGCGUCAUCUCCAUGGCUCUCAUGGCGGUGGCGGCGGCGAGGAUGGACGACCACGACGAGUACGCCAAGCUCGUCCGGGGGAUGAACCCGCCCAGGGUCGUAAUCGAUAACGAUGCCUCCGACGACGCGACGGUGAUCAGGGUGGACAGCGUGAACAGCCACGGCACGCUGCUCGCCGUCGUCCAGGUCAUCGCCGACCUCAACCUCGUCAUCCGCAAGGCCUACUUCUCUUCUGACGGCAGCUGGUUCAUGGACGUGUUCAAUGUCACCGACCGUGACGGCAACAAGGUUGUUGACGCCCCAACCAUCUCCUACAUCCAGAAGACGCUGGAGGCGGACGACUGGUACUACCCGGAGGCGCGCAACACGGUGGGAAUCGUGCCGUCGGAGGAGUACACCUCCAUCGAGCUCACGGGCACCGACCGUCCGGGCCUGCUCUCCGAGGUGUGCGCGGUGCUCGCCGUCAUGGGCUGCGCGGUCCAGAGCGCCGAGCUGUGGACGCACAACACGCGCGUCGCGGCCGUCGUGCACGUCACGGACGCCGAGUCCGGCGGCGCCAUCGAGGACGCCGGCCGCAUCGCCGACAUCAGCGCGCGCCUGGGCAACCUGCUGCGCGGGCAGAGCGACGUGCGCGCCGGCGGCGGCGCGGGCAGCCUGGCGCAGCACAAGGAGCGGCGGCUGCACCAGAUGAUGUUCGACGACCGGGGAGGGCACGCCGCGCCCGACGCCGACGCCGCCGGCCCGGCGCGGACGGAGGUGUCCGUGACGGCGUGCGCCGAGCGCGGGUACACGGCCGUGGUGGUCCGGUGCCGCGACCGGCCCAAGCUGCUGUUCGACACCGUGUGCACCAUCACGGACAUGGAGUACGUGGUGCACCACGGCACCGUCAGCGCGGAGCCCGGCGGCGGCGCGUACCAGGAGUACUACAUCCGGCACGUCGACGGGCACGCCGUCCGGUGCGAGGCCGAGCGGCAGCGGCUGGUGCGGUGCCUGGAGGCUGCCAUCGAGCGGCGCACCGCCGAGGGCCUGGAGCUGGAGGUGCGGACGGGGGACCGCGCGGGCCUGCUCUCGGACAUCACUCGCAUCUUCCGGGAGAACGGGCUCACCAUCCGGCGCGCCGAGAUCUCGUCCUCCGGCGGCGAGGCCGUGGACACGUUCUACCUGUCGGACCCGCAGGGCCACCCCGUGGAGGCCAAGACCAUCGAGGCCAUCCGCGCGCAGGUCGGCGAGGCCACGCUGAGGGUGAAGAACAACCCGUUCGCCGCCGGGGACGACGCGGCGAGGAAGGACGCCGGCGUCGCCGGCGCCGGCACGACGGCCUUCAUCUUCGGGAACCUGUUCAAGUUCUACCGGCCGUUCCAGAGCUUCAGCCUCGUCAAGCUCUACUCGUAAACCACUUGGUUGGUUUCUCAAUCACAGGUUCUGUAUAUAGAUUUCGGUUGAUUAUUGGUCUUUCAGACAUCACUGUAAAUAUGGUCAUGGCCAGUUAUGAGUGUAGAUUAAGGUUUACAAAGUAGAAAAUUAGGGGAGAAAAUAUUGGCUCAGCUCCCAAAAGAUUUCAGAUUUGUAGCCUGUAGCAAGCAAACCGUGCAAAUGGUAUACUGUGUACUCUGAUCUGCCCGUAUUCCUUCGUACAUAUUUGUAUAUAUCAGUGUUCCGUACACCGGCUAUUAAAA